CCUGGACGCGACAAAUUGCUGCUGCGCGACGCCGCUUUCAGCCUCCUUGGUUUGAAGAAAUUCUUCCUUGAAUUGAACUGGCAGUACUGCCGUCACAAACACCUCAGCCCGCUUGCGGUCGAGGGAAUCACGGCCCUACCGGGCCUCCGUAGUCGCUUUUCUAUAGUAGGCGGGGCCGAGGCCGGGGUGACCCUGCCGGAGCCGCCGCUGCCAGCGACAUGUUCAAGGUAAUUCAAAGGUCCAUGGUGCCAGCCAGCCUAAGCCUGCUUACCUUCAAAGUCUAUGCAGCAGCACCAACACCAAAAAAGGAUUUGCUUCACAAAAAUUCCAUGAAGAUCGAUGAGCUUUCACUCUACUCAACUCCUGAGACUCACUUUAAAUAUGUGGAGAAACCAAGAACCCAACUUGAAGAAAACAUCUCAGAGCUUCGACAGCAGUUUGAACCAUAUACAAGUUGGUGUCAGGAUAGAUACUGUGAAACUAAGCCCAAGGUGCUGCGUAUGAUUCAAUGGGGGUUAGAUAGCUAUAAUUUUCUCCAAAACGCACCUCCUGGAUUUUUUCCAAGACUUGGUGUUAUUGGUUUUGCCGGAUUUGUUGGAUUCCUCUUUACUAGAGGCUCAAAAAUAAAGAAGAUAGUAUAUCCGCCUACUUUCAUGGGAUUCGCUGCCUCUAUCUAUUACCCACAACAAGCCAUUGCGUUUGCCCAGGUCACUGGGGAAAAGCUGUAUGACUGGGGUUUACGAGGAUACAUAGUUGCAGAAGAUUUGUGGAAGGAACACUUUCAUAAGGUAAAAAAUAAUCAUUUUCAUUAUCUUCCAUUUGGUUUAAAUGUGUAG